CCAAAGCGUGGUUGUUUAACUACAAGUUUUUAAAAACAAUACUUUCGUUAAUACAAAAUCUCGGCUUCGUUUAAAUCAUAUACGGUAACCGUCAACAAAAAUUGUUACAGUUUGUAAAGCAAAAGCCAAAAAUCAUGCUUCGAACCUAUUUCAUUUCUUUUAUCUUCCUUUUCGCCCAGUUUUUGCUUCGGGCCAGCUCGAAUGACGUGCUUUACGAGCGUUGCACUUCGGUUUCUGCUGAACCACGGGAGGAAACUUCUGACUCCGUCUGUUAUGAUACAAACGGCACCGACACUCGCUUCUGUUCAGGGAUCACGAAUUGGGCAUCUUGCCUGAGGGAAGCCACAAAACAUCUGGAAAGACCGGCUGCAAAGAUAGCCAGGCCAGCGCCACAACACUUCACCUAUGACAAACGAACGCGUACUUUUUGCUACCAACCUCAGCUAGAAGUUGGAGAGUCCACUCGCUCCUUCAGGGGAUUUGUGCUGAAUGAAGUGUACAUAGGCAAACAUCCCGAAAACGAUUUCACUCUCGGCUGCAUAUUCCAACCGGACUUCGAGAUUACUAGAGAAAUUUUGAAUGAGACGUUUUGCUGCACACAACUACCACAAGAGUGGGGUUCAAACGAAGAUACGUACUUUGAAGUGAACGGGAAUUCGAUUCCCUACACCAUCGGGGAUCAACAGAUCCAUUCCGACUUCAUACGACUAGGGGACGUGGCCUCAACUCCAUUCGCAAAAGACCCUCCGAGCUCUUCCGAGAACCAAUUGCGUAAAUACAUGUACAUUUUGAUUGCUCUACUUGUUUUUGUUGUCUUGAUUGUCUCAGUUAUUGUUGUGAAUCGAGUUAAGUUAAACCAAUGCCGAUCAGAUGCUACCAAAGCCGUUCAAGACUUUCUGAGGAGAGCUGAGUUAUUUGUUCGUCCUGGUAUGACCCAAAGCGAAGGACCUGGACAGAACAACGCAGGCCAUAAUUUACAUCAACAAACUGGAACACAAGAGGAAAAUGUAUGAACAUCGAAAUGUGCAAGGAUACCACAACUAAGCAUUCGAAGCAUCGAUAAGAUAAAAACUGGCACGCUGAUCCAAGAGCCGAGACUAAACCAUUAAACGAAAACAUAUCCAAAAAAAGACAUCCAGAAAAAAAAUCAAGGCAUAGCUGAGAGAUAUUCUAAUCGCUGAUAGGCCAUGAAACAGGUUGAUGAGACGAGUUUAGCAAAAAUACUGGUUGGUGACCAUUUUAUGUGAGUCAGA